UUCAUUCAAGGAAGAAGAAAAGCCUCCCAAACAAAGCUGAGUUAGCGAUUUAGAGGUGCUGAUCUCAGAAGAGUGUCUAGAGCGCACACUUUCAGGGCUAGUUGUAUGUUUCCCGAUACGCAUCUGUGAAGCAGGCGCCUGUUCUUGACAGUUGUCAUAUGUCCGUGGCACAUAACGCUACAGCCAAACUCCUCCUGACAUGCACAGCACAGACUGACUCCAAACAGGCCAGGCUACACAUACAGCCGAGAAUCUCUUGGUUAGAUUAUGCUAACGUGUUUCAUGUAAAGGUUUUCCGACAUAUGACAAGAUUACUGGGCCCUACUCCACCAAGCCCUAUCUGCAGCACUUUAGGCCUAUAAAGUGCUUUCCCACCAAAUCACCUGUGAUAAUGUCCCUCCUUGUUGUCUCGCUGCCCAUGGUUGUCAUAGUGACAGUUCGUUAUGGUGCGGAUUUGUUAGCUUUCUGCCGACAGCUGUUCAACCAGGCUGUGAAGCUCACGCGUGGUCACCCGACAGUGAGCAUAGACAAGACCCAUGCCUUUGUUUUCUCCAACUGCACCCAUGGCCAAGUUGACAGCGUGCUGGAGACUUUCCACCUGUACAGCGACUCACACCCGUCUCUGUGCAUUGGCCAAGAGAAAGGUGAGUUUCUGGACGAGGUUAUGAGUAAUGCUGCCCCAAGGCUGGUGCUGGAGCUAGGGAUGCAUUGUGGGUACUCGUCGGUGCGCAUCCUGCGUCUGCUAGGCCCUGCUGGCAGGCUUCUUGCUGUAGAGCAGGAUCCUGAGACGGCCGAUAAAGGGGAAGAAAUCAUCCUAGUGGCUGGCUUCAAACACCCACAGUUCCAGGUGUUGACAUGUCCCUCAGCAGUGGCCAUUGCUGGGCUACAGGCCCACAUGGGUGACGCCCAGGGCCUAGAUCUGAUUCUGAUGGACCACGACGUGGAGCAGUACCUACCAGACCUGCUGGCCCUGGAGAAGUGGGGUGUCCUUUCCCCGGGCUGUGUGCUUCUGGUCAACGGCAUCUUCUGCACGGAGGCAAGACCCUUCCUGGAGCACAUCCAGGCCCGGCCACUGUGCUACACCCAGCGCAGGCAGCUACAGGGGCUGAUGGAACUGACCUGGAACAGGGCAUCGGACGUGUGUUAGAGGGAUGAGAGGCGGGAACAGGGCAUCGGACAUGUGUUAGAGGCAUUAGAGGCAUUAGAGGCUGGAUGAAUUCCUGGACUCUACUAAUGCUCCAGACUGCUUAUGGGCGCUGCUGCUGCUCGUGUGCGCUGCAAUAAAGUGAUAAGAUGCUCUAAAGCAAAAAAGUAUUAUGAAACUGAGGUUUUAUUUUUCGCCAACACUGAGGUUUGUUUGCCAGUUCCUACAUGACUGCUUCUGUAUUAGUUUUAGUACAGAUGUGUAGAAAUUAUUUGAUGUGGGUAUCUACUCCUGAGCCACUGAGUGCAUGCUGUCAUUAAAGUGGAAUGACCUUAA